UGCAAAGAUGUUAAACUUGAGCUAAAGCCUUUAUCGACAACCACUUGCAAAUCUGAGGAUCAAGGUUAUCUAUCCAUUGUAAAAGAAGAGAACGAAAAUCAGCCUAACGAAACGAAUGAAAAUGUAUUCGUUGAUUUUGAAUGCAAAGAUUUCAAACUUGAACUAACAUCUCCAUCAACAACCAUCUGCAAAACUGAGUCGCAAAAUUGCCUGCCUACUGUAAAAAAAGAAAACCGAAUUCGAACUAACUAUUUGAAUGAUAAAGAUCAGAUAAUUUUGAGAGAAAACAAAUUCAAUUGUAAUAGCCAAGUUCUAGUGAAUUCUCAAUGGAAACCCGAAGAACAUGAAAAGGGGCCAAAAUCAGAAAAGACUUCUCAAAUCGAACCAUCAUUUAAGUGUAAAACGUUUUACAAGUCACUUGAAAGAAAAAGUCACUCCAAAGCUCACACAGAUGCAGUGCAUAAUCCGAUCAAAUCCUUUCAGUGUGAAAUUUGUCACAAAUCAUUUGGACAAAAACAACAUCUCAAAGUUCACAGAAAUGCAGUUCAUAUUCGGAGCAAACCCUUCGAAUGUGAAAUUUGUCAUAAAUCAUUUGGACAAAAACAAUAUCUCAAAGUUCACAGAAAUGCAGUUCAUAUUCGGAGCAAACCCUUCGAAUGUGAAAUUUGUCAUAAAUCAUUUGGAUACAAGAAUGUACUCGAUAGACACAUGAAUGCAUUACAUAAUCGUAGCAAGCCCUUCGAGUGUAACAUUUGUCACAAAUCAUUUGGCCUGAAGAGUGAUCUCAAACGUCACUUAAAUGCCGUACAUGAUCGUGUCAAACCCUUCGAAUGUGAGAUUUGUCACAAAUCAUUUGGAUAUAAGGGAGACCUCAAAAAACACAUAAUAACAGUACAUGAUCGUAGCACACCCUUCGAGUGUAUCAUUUGUAACAAAUCUUUUGGUCAAAAAUGUUCCCUCAAAUCUCAUAUAAAUGCAAUACAUGUUCGGAGCAAACCUUUAGAGUGUAACAUUUGUCAAAAAUCAUUUGGACAAAAUGGUAACCUUCACAGACACUUAAAAUUAGUACAUAAUCAAAUAAAACCCUUUGAAUGUGAUAUUUGUCACAAAUCAUUUCGAUAUAAGGCAGACCUCAAAAGGCAUAUAAAUUUAGUACAUGAUCAGAGCAAACCCUUCGAAUGUAAGAUUUGUCACAAAUCAUUUGGAGAAAAAGGUACCCGGAAUAGACAUAUAAUUGUAGUACAUGAUCAUAUUAAACCCUUCGAAUGUGAGAUUUGUCAUAAAUCAUUUGGUUAUAAACAUCAGCUCAAAAGUCAUAUAAAUGCAGUACAUGGUCAUAUUAAACCCUUCGAAUGUGAGAUUAGUCACAAAUCAUUUUCAGAAAAGGGUAAUCUCAAAAAACACAUAAUAAAAGUACAUGAUCGUAGCCGACCCUUCGAGUGUCAAUAGACACAUAAAUGCAGUACAUUCUCAUAGCAAAACUUUCAAGUGUAACAUUUGUCGCUUGUCAUUUGGACAAAAAACAUCUCAGAACUCACUUAAAUUUAGUACAUGCUCUUAUCAAACCUUAAGACUUUGUGCCGAGGACAUUAGGAUGCAAUGAAGACAUCUGCAAUUACACGAAUGCCCUUUUUAAUUUGAGAAAAUCAUUCU